AUGUCACUCACGACAACUGCGCCGCUGAGCUACUCCGACCGCCCCCCUGCCUCGCACCUGUCCUACCCUCCGACGGACAACCGCCCAUUCCAAAACCACAACGCUCGCCCCGGCUCCGCGCACGGCGUGCCUCCCUUUGACGUGUCGUCUCCCGAGCGUCUUCACUCUUCCGGCGCCGGCGCCAACGUCAUUCCAAGAGUCCCCCUACACGACAUGGGCCCAGCCCCAGGCUCAUCUCACGGCUACCCUUCCCAGCCUGUACCCCAGAUGGGUGCUGCCCCUUACCCACCCCAGCCUGCCGCUGGUCAACAAUACUACGGCAUGCCCCCUCAGCCCGCAGACACCACGCCGCCGACCUCGGCCGGCAAUGGCAGGGCACCUGCUGGCAGCUUCACAACCGACGGUGCCCCUAUUGUCCCUGUGGGCAUUAGCGGUGGCAAGAUGUUCCGUUGCCGCGGCUUUGGCGAAUGUGACAAGGUGUUCACACGCUCCGAGCAUCUUGCUCGUCAUGUCCGCAAGCACACCGGAGAGCGUCCCUUCCCUUGCCAUUGUGGAAAGGCCUUUUCGCGUCUCGACAACCUGCGCCAACAUGCUGCCACCGUCCACGCGGACCAGACGUCGCUGAACGAGGCCAUGCUGGCGUCGCUAGCUUCGGUUCAUGCUGCUUUGUCGCAGCGGGCAAACCGUGAGCAGAGGCGCCGCGGCGAGGUUGUCGAGGUUCCGAAGAAUGCCGUCGAGAGGCCGCGUGGUGAGCGCAACAAGGCUGGUCAGCAGCAAGUUCCAGGUGUAGCUCCUGGCGGGGUCCCUCCUCCGGGUUACCCUCCGGGAGCCGUCUACCACCAGCCUCCACACGGCCAGUGGGCUCCCCCUCCGCCUCAUCACGACGGCCGCCCGCACACUGCAGGCGGCGGCCCAGCUCCAGGCUGGGGUAUGGAGUACCCUGGCUACCCCGGCCAGCCUCCAGUAGGUGACGGCCGCCCUCCGACUGCCGGUUCGGCCACCUUUGGCGACGACGCAGGACCAAGUCGGCGUCCUCCAUCGUCAGCUGGUUACCCUCCCCACGGCGACUACUACCCGGGCGGGCCGCCUGGCUCGUCUCACGGCCGUCCCCCAACCGCGGACGCUCCUCCUGGCACGGCCGGCUCUGGCGACUCGAACGCUGCUGCCGGAUACCAAUACCGUCCGGUCUCAUCGAACGGGCCUCCUGGCCACUACGCUGACUCGGAACCACCCACCUCGUCCCACGGUCCUCCUCCGCACUCGCCCAUGUAUCCCCACCCUGGAGCAGCAGGCGUCGCGCCCGGCGGCAAUUGGGCAUCCCCCUCGACAUCUCACUCCGCCUACCCGUCGGGUGACCCUAGCAUGUACCCCCAGAACCCCGCCUUGGUCGGCCAGGAAGGUGCUCACCCGUACCCGCCGGGCGCUCCGCAAGACGGACAGUACGGCCCGCCGCCUCCUGGCUCGUCUGGUGGCUACCACUACCCCGCUCAACAGGGCUACCCGUACUACGGCCAGCAGUCCCCUGCCCAGCAGCAGGCUGCUCAGUUCGCCAAUGCUUCUCUUCCCCCGGGGUCAGGACCUGUGCAGCCUGGGCACGAUGGCCGCAAGCGGCGCGCCGAUGAAGACGCAGGCGGCGAGCGCAAGCAGCUUCGCAGCAGCAACGGGCCAAAUACUGGCGACCAGCGGCCUGCUACGGCGGGUAGUCAAUCAGGUGAGACCCCAAUGUGGCUUCCGCCAACCACCGAGCGUCGCCAAUCUCUCUCAAUAAACGCCCUGGUGGAAUCGCAUGAUGGCCGCGCGUCCCGUCCGCAGACGGGUGACGCUGCCCACCCUGGCGCGUUCUCGUAUCCGUAUCCCGGAGCGCCAGGGCCGGCGACCGACGCGACCGGCGCGCGUCCACCCACCAACGACAAGAAGGCCGUUCCCGCCGAAUAA